AUGGAGCUUCAUGCCCUCGAUUGGUGCCCGAGGGCAUGCGCGGCCGUAAUAAGCGAACGACAGGUGAAGCGGCGCAGACUUGACCUGGUAGGAAGAGAAGAGGAUGCGCAUCACCUCUUCAUCCCAGGUAAGAAAUUAAUUAGCAUUGAAGAAGCUAAUAUUAUUGCCUGGUCUUCCUCAUGCGGCCAUCUGUCGCUGCCUGCUGUGAAUCUCCAUUCUCUUCCAAUGAAAGACGUCCAAGCUGGUUAG